AUUUCUCAAUCAGCUUACCGCCGCUUCUAUGUUUUCUCUAAUCUCUAUUUUUUUUUCCUUCAUCUUCUCUCUGCGUCUUUUUUUGAGGAGCCAAGAGCAGCUUUCCUUAAUCAGUUUUUCUAAUCCCAAAUAAAGAUUUGGCUGAAAAAUUCAGUUUUUCUAAUCCCAAAUAACUGCCGUAAUGGCUGCUUCGACAUGCCUCCACUCCACCGCCCUCACUCACACACUCCUCCCCUUACUCCGCCGUGCUGGUUCCUUCACCCCAUCUUCUCGCGGCCACAAGCUUGCGGUCCGACCCGUACUUGCGCAGGCACGGCGGAGCUCUUCUUCCGUAGCUAAAGUUGAACCAGUAGCUUCCCCCUCUGAUUUGCUAUUUAAGGGACCUCUUGAAAUAAUUAAGUAUCCGGACCCGAUUUUGAGAGCGAAGAACAAGAGAGUUACCUCGUUUGAUGAGAACUUGAAGAGGCUUGUUGACGAGAUGUUCGACAUAAUGUACAUAACUGAUGGCAUGGGGCUCUCAGCGCCUCAAGUUGGGAUUAAUGUUCAGCUCAUGGUGUUUAAUCCAGCUGGUGAGCGUGGUACAGGAGAAGAGAUUGUUCUCGUAAAUCCACAAAUCAAGAGAUACUCAAGAAAGAUAGUACCUUUUGAAGAGGGUUGUCUAUCAUUCCCUAAUAUUUAUGCUGAUGUCAAGAGACCAGACUCGUUGAAGGUUGAUGCACAGGAUGUUAAGGGUGCAAGGUUUGAAAUGAACUUAACCGGACUUGUUGCCCGAGUGUUUCAGCACGAAUACGAUCAUUUGCAGGGAGUCCUUUUCUUCGAAAGGAUGAGCGAUGAAGUUCUUGACACUAUUCGUCCACAGUUACAGGCAUUAGAAAAGGAAUACGAGAAAAGAACCGGAUUGACGAGCCCCGAGAAGAUUGAAGCAAGAGAAAUAAGGAAGAAAGCUGUUGGGUUUGGGAAAUCAUGAUCACAAAAUCUUGGUGUUGAUAAUUUACUUUUACGGGUGUAUGAUUGAGUAGUUUUUUAGUUUACUACUAUUCAAUUCUUAUAACUACAAAGAUUAUUGAGAUUACAAUAAGAGAUGACAUGCAUGCUUUGCAUGCAUGCUGCUGCGGGAGUUAGCUCCUAAUAUUAGUUUGUUAUCUUGCUGAGCUGUAUUUUCUCUUUCCUUUAGCUUUUCUUGUUGGUCACGCCCUCUUCAUGAGUGUGUAUAGCGUGUGAUGAGUGUUAGCUAUAAAUAGUGAUCUAUGCUCAGUUUGUACUAGAACAUUCAGUCAAAUAAUAAAAUUCUCUUCUCAUGUUUUUUCA